AUGCCUUCAACCCAAAGCCAACAAAAGAAACGUGGAAAAACUGUUAUGAAGGAUGUUCAUGCUUUACAAAUCGGUGACCGUCUAAUAGUAAAAUUUAAUGAAAGAGGUCAACCAUACGGAGAAAUGCAACCAACGCUUGCUAACUUUGUCGGCACCAUUGCUCGAAAUGGAAAUGUGUUGCCCCUUAGUUUUUUGGAUUGGAGAAAAAUGACGAAGAGUUGUUUGGAUGAUGCAUGGAGACAAGUAACAGCACGUUUUGAUAUUCCCGAUCAGCAUAGAGCUAGGGUGAUGCAAAUGAUGGGAGGUUCAUGGAGGCGAUGGAAGGCUGAAAUUAAGGCUACUUCUUAUGAUCCAAAUAUUCCAUUAAAUGAACUUAUGUGUAUCCGUCCCAUUCCCCAUAAUCUCACAUCAAGUGUUUGGGAAACUUUAUGUCGUUACUGGAAGUCUAAUGAGAGGACAUCAAAAAUAAAUCGAGAAAAUGGGAGUAAAAAACGAGGAAUUCAUGCACAAGGACGAACAAAUAUUCCCUCAUUGGAAUACAAAUUUAUUCAGGAAAAUAGUAGAAAACCAACUCGCAUUGAAAUAUUUCAUCUAAGUCGACAAAGCAAAAAGAAAGGAGGUGCUCUUGUUGAUGAUGAAGCAAUACGAGUAGAGGAUGAAUUAAAUAAAGUUGUGCAGCGUCGUCUCCAGGACAAGCCUGAGGGAACACAAACAACAGAAGUGCACGAGGAUGCAUUUCGUGAGGUAUUUGGGUCAGAGCAUUCUGGUCGAGUUCGAUGUCUAGAAGUUGGUGUAUUACCUAGCCAAGUUUUCCCAGAGCAGUGUAAUCGAAGAACAAUUUUUAGACAUGAUAACCUUCCUACUUCUGAAGUUACUGAUAAGUUGCGAGAAAUGGAAGAAAAAAUGAAAGUUAUGGAAGCACAGAGGAAGGCAGAAAUGGAGCAGAUGAGGCAGAUGAGGCAGAUGCAUGAACAUCAUAUUCAAAAUUUUACCAAUGUCAUCCAAAGUAUGAUAUCUGGAACUGCUGGGGGAUCUCGUGGGCCUGAAUUAUUGCCUACACAGGUAGUCACACAUUGA